AUGGCCUUGCUAAAUGUAUUUCUCUCCUAUCCCACCUCGUUUUGCUUACUGUGCACACUGGUCUUUAUAGCAUCACUCUGCCUUCGAGCCCGCUGUAGAAAAUCGUCUUUUAAACUGCCCCCUGGUCCAACACCGUUGCCAAUCAUUGGUAACCUGCAUUUGCUGGAUAUUAAGAGGCAAGACAAAUCGUUACUGAAGCUUGCCAGGAAAUACGGGCCGAUAUUCACCCUCCAUUUUGGAUUCCAGAAAGUCGUAGUUCUGACUGGCUACGACGUGGUGCGGGAUGCCCUCGUGAAUUUCACAGAUGAAUUUGUGGACAGGCCGCAGAUACCAAUAUUUGAACAGAUUCAGCACGGAAACGGGGUUUUCUUUUCUACUGGGGAGCUGUGGAGGACAAUCCGGAGGUUCACCGUCUCCAGCAUGCGCAACCUUGGAAUGGGGAAAAAGGCCUUGGAGGAGCAGGUCACCGAAGAACUCCGAUUUCUUGUAGAGAACAUUAAAUCUUUCAAAGGAGACCCUUUCAGCCUCAGAACUUUUAACGCUGCCCCGAGCAACAUUACCUUCGCUCUGCUUUUCGGGGAGAGGUUCGACUACCAAGAUCCAUUAUUCCUCACCCUGCUAAAACUCAUAGAUGAAGUGAUGUGUCUCCUCGGAUCGCCUUCCUUGCACCUGUUUAACUUCUACCCGUUCCUUGGAUUUCUUUUCAACACUCACAAAAUUUUACUUAAAAAAAUCGAAGAGGUCCGUGUCAUUAUACGGGAUUACAUCAAGACAAGCAGACAAGAUAUUAAUGCAAACAGCUUCAGAAGCUACACAGAUGCAUUGGUCUUCAAGCAACAAGAGGACAUGAACAAAACGGACAGUCUUUUCCAUGAAGACAACUUGAUCGCAUCCAUCCUGGAUCUCAUUAUGGCUGGGACGGAGACGACUGCGACAACAUUGCAGUGGGCCGUUCUGCUACUGAUGAAAUACCCCAAGAUUCAAAAGAAGAUUCAAGAGGAGAUUGGGCAGGUGGUGAAGCCGGGCAGCUGGGCCAGCUACGAGGACCGCAAGAGCAUGCCCUUCACCCACGCCGUCAUCCACGAGGUGCAGCGCUUCAUCACCCUACUGCCCCACGUCCCGCGCAGCACGUCCGUCGACACACACUUCAGGGGCUACUUUCUCCCCAAGGGCACCAUGGUGAUCCCCUCCCUCACAUCCGUCCUGCUGGACCCCGGCCACUGGGAGACGCCGCACGAGUUCAACCCAAACCACUUCCUGGAUGCCGACGGGAAGUUUGUCAAGAAAGAAGCCUUCGUGCCCUUCUCCUUAGGGCGCCGGGGCUGCAUUGGGGAGAGCCUGGCCAAAACAGAGCUUUUCCUGUUCUUCGUGGGCCUGCUGCAGAAAUUCACUUUCCGUCCACCACCUGGGCUGACAGAAGACGACUUGGACUUGAACGUUCCCAAGACUACCUUCACGUUGAGACCACAGCCUCAGCUGAUUUGUGCCAUUCCUCGCGAGUAA